UUCUUGCCGUUACUACAGCCAUAUUACACAUUUUCGUUCGUUCUGUGAACAAAAGUGUGAAUGUGUGUGACGUUUUACACGUGCAAAUGUGUGCAGUGUUAACAAGUUCGAUCGAUUGUUGUUAGUUGUAUGGUGAGUCAGUCUACGUACACGAAAUGAAGCGCACGUUUCCCUCAAUUGUUUCAUCCAGCACCACCUCAUUUAAGGAUCGCGAAACGGUGUUUAGCAAAGUUUCCAUAAAUCCGCUCCACAGAGUCGUGUCCUUCUUGCUCAUUUCCGUCUCUGCCCCUUCUAUCGUCCUUUUCUUUCUCUCUCUCUCUCUCCCUCUCUCUCUCCUGGAUACGACUUUCCUGUUGUUUUCGACGGCCGACGGGAGAAAAACCGCCAAGAAAGCCCGGUUUCCACUGAAAUCGACGACGGACCGACAAUCCAAAAAGCAGACACACCACGAACAUUCACGUGCUUUUUCUUGUUUGCAGGCGUGUCUGGUGGAAACAACCAGCCGCGAAGUGCCUGUUUUAAACGGCACCAGUAGAAUAGUAGACUAGUUAGUGCUUAAUUAAUCCACUAAUUGAAUUAUCCGAGACCCCCUCCUCCCCCUGUUGAGAGAAGAAUUUCCAAAGGGGACCUCGAAACCGACCAUGGGGAAGCAGAACAGCAAGCUGAAACCGGAAGUGCUAGAGGACCUCAAGCAGAACACGGAAUUUUCAGAUGCCGAGAUUCAGGAAUGGUACAAAGGCUUCUUGAAGGACUGUCCGAGCGGACAUCUCAGCGUAGAAGAAUUUAAGAAGAUAUAUGGCAAUUUCUUCCCUUACGGCGACGCUUCCAAGUUUGCAGAACACGUAUUCAGAACGUUCGACGCGAACGGGGAUGGAACAAUCGACUUUCGAGAAUUUUUAUGCGCUCUUAGCGUGACGUCCCGUGGUAAACUGGAGCAGAAAUUAAAGUGGGCCUUCAGCAUGUACGACCUCGACGGUAAUGGCUAUAUUUCGCGGCAAGAGAUGCUGGAAAUUGUGACGGCAAUUUACAAAAUGGUGGGGUCCGUGAUGAAAAUGCCGGAGGACGAGUCGACGCCGGAGAAGAGAACCGACAAGAUAUUCCGGCAGAUGGAUAAAAAUAAAGACGGGAAAUUGUCGUUGGACGAGUUUAUAGAAGGAGCAAAAAGUGAUCCGUCUAUCGUGCGACUGUUGCAGUGCGAUCCUAGUGCACAAGCUCAGUGAGGCCCUGGGCUGUUACGCAAGUAUUACUAUGUCAUCUACAUAACUAAACCGGGACCCGGUUCGAUAAUGUCCAGUGCCAGCAAAACAAAUCGAGUGACGCUACUACGAUCAUAAAAGAAAGAGUAAACGAACUAGUUUCGCUUGGAAAUCUAUCAAAAAAUAAUCCACGAUCAUCAUCCUUAGUAAACUCAGUUCUCUCAUCGGUGAUUUUAGAAGGACGUUUAAUUUAACUUUGAUUUCUUCCUCCCAUAAGUUAUUAUUAAUUUCAUUUCGAUGCGUCGUCGAACCAUAACGAUACGAAACAUUUGAUAGAUCUUCACGCGAAACUGAUCGCCGCGCGAUUAUUUUUACCGAAAACGAUGCGAGCGAGGAGGAGGAGGAGGGACAUUUACGAAUUGGGCCGGUUCCCGAAUUAAGUCCAGGGCCACUGGGCCCAUGGCGCUUGCGCAUACCGCAAGCUAGUCUACAAGACUAGUCCAGUCGCUCCGUCUCAUAAACGGAUCGGUUUUAACCACGAGUUUCAUAUUAUAUUUCGAUAGUAUUGAUUCUCUCACGCUGCGCAGGGACGAACGACUUGUGAAAAAUCAUCUCGAGACACUCCCGGGGGGAGAUGAGGGGAUAUAUGUUGAUUCGUAGUGAAGAUUAAAAUUCUGACCUGGAUAUUCUUUCAUUUGACGAUUCUCUCCAAUGGUUUUUUUCCUCCUUGUAAAAAAUUUACCAACGUUCGAUUUCUAGUAUUAUAUAUGUUUUUUUUUUUAAAUUACUGCUUUCAACUGUACGUUUACGUGUUCACGAAUUUCUACGGUAGGUAGCUCGUGUUUACAACUAUACUCUCGAGGAAAUCAUCUUCAGCACAAGCGUCCGUCACACGCGGCCGAGAAAGGUAAAUUAAUUUCCAAACCGCGUUACACAAUUUUUGUAAGCCGUUCUGCAAACUGCAUAUUUUAUAUUAACAAGUAAAUGGUAAACGUAUAAGUAACGGCUCGUCGUAUUCAGUAGCAGACCGCCACCUUUUGAAUUUCUCCAGCGCACGCUGUUGCAAAACCGUUGUUUGAUUACGAAAAGAAGAAAGACUUGUUUCAUGUGGUGUAUAUCGUACUAUUAUUAUAUAUUAGCAACGAACGCAAGCAAUUGAUGGUCACCGAAAAAAAAAGAAAAAAAGGUCAUUGGAAGAAGCAUGGAGCCUCUUGUUCAACGAAAAAUCAUCCCCUUUCUUUCCCCUCUGGGAAACCUGUGCUCCUGAAAUGUUCUCUUCUUUGCGGACACGCGACAUUUGCUCAAACGGCCAUUAUGUUUCAUUGAUAUCGAUGAACGGCAAAAAUACGUAACGAAAGACUGUGAGAAACUGUUGUUGUGCAUUGGCAUGUUAAACCGUCGCUUGUAUGUAUAAAUAAAACGUAACGCGACAUUUUGCAGCUUUAAACUGCUUUCUUCCGUUCUCUCUGACGCUCCAGAAAAAAAAAAAAAGAAAAAACAUUCUCGUAAAGUCAAACGAGAAACGUUUCGUUCCGAGGUGUCUGCCUUCCAUGACCUUUGUCACGUGCAAUUGCUUUAUUGAUACACGUUGAUUUUGAUAGGAUAAAUUCAGCUAGAAGAGAGAAUAGAGUUUAAAGAAAAAAGAAAAAAAAAAAGAAUCAAUCGUUUUCUCGUAAGGAGGGGCGGGAGUGGGAAACUGUGAAGUAUCAUUGCCUAUCCAAGUAACUGAACUCGUCGCGAUUUUCAGUUGCUCCAGAGCUAGCUGGAAAACCCACCAAAAUUUCGAGCCGGAUGAAAGAUUUGCGGGAAAAAGAAAAGGGGAGGGGGGGGGGGAGAGGGAAGAGGGGAAAGAAUGAAAGAGAAAAGAAAGAGGAUAGGGGAGGGAAGCCGGAAGGAUAAAUCGCUCACGCGCAUGAACUGUUUUAGAGAUUUAUUUUUACGAAUGCGUAUGGUCGCGUGUACGUGUGCGAACAUGCUAUGUGUGCGACUAAGUAUUUUAAAAUGUGCAUUUGCGCGUAUGCAUAACGAAUGGAGAGAAAGCGGAGAAUAGCAAAGCGAGAUAGGAGAGAGAACACGAAUGGGAUAGUAAGAUAGAAAAGUUUAUAUAAGGACGACGACAAACCUAGAUUUAAAACGGAGAUGAGAAACGGAAACAACUGAAACGCAAAAAAAAAAAAAAAAAAAAAAAAAAACGAGGAAGUAGUAGCGAGGCAAACGCGAAAUCUCCCGUUUUAGCUAUUGUUCAAUUAGGAUCGGUAUUUUUUUUUUUUUUUAAUACACCCUUGCAUAUAUGUAUACGCGACGUUGCGACUCUGUUCAUUUUUUAUCAGUGAUACGACGCAACAGUUUUUUGCUGGUCGGGUUGAUUUGUAACAAAUUCUUUUUUUCGUUCUUGCGUUCUAGAAGAAGAUAAGGAGCUCUAAUUUACGUUUUUUUGACGAAUCUCGAGAAAAUUCAUCGUUGUUUAUUUUUCUUUUUUUUUUUUUUUUUUGUGAUAUGACUUUUCGUGAUUUGUCGAGAUAGUACAACUAAUUAAUUUAUUAAUUUUUUAAUUCCCCUGUUCUGCUUGAUAUCACUGAAAGAAAUGGCUGACGUAUAUAUAUAUGUAUGUAUGUAUGUAUGUAUGUCAUGAUUUUGCACUUGGUCGUUACACUGGCAGUAUUGUUUUACAAAAGAGCAACAUAUUAUAAAAAGAUACAAAAAAAUACGUACACAUAUACACCCGACAUAUAUACAGAUAUAUGUGUAUGUAUAUAUUUAUAUCUCGAUCACGUAUGUAUACUUAUUAUACUUUCUAAGAUGUACAUUCAUUCAUCUUGUGCUCAUUAAUAAUUAAGGAUAAAGACUA